AUGGCACCAUUUCACUGGCAAUCCAAUGUCAAUGUACAGAAUGUGGGGGUGGAGGAUAUGGUUCUACUGCGCUCGUUGAAUGACAAUGCCAUUGUGGACAAUUUGAAAAAACGGUUGGCUGGCAAGGCUAUUUUUGUAAGUUUUUUAAAUUCUCGUUUUGUAAAGAAAGAUUUUGCCGUUUUAUAUCUUGGAAAGAAAGUUAUUGCCAUUUUAUGUUUUGUAAAGAAAGUUCUUGCUAUAUUGUGAUUUGUAAAGAAAGUCAUUGCCAUUUCGAAAUUUUUAAUGAAACUUUAUGCUAUUUUGCUUCUUGUAAAGAAAGUUAUUGCGCAUUUUGUUCAUAAAAAGCAAAUUUUGUGUAGUGCAGCCUGCGGGUGACAAGUUAUACGAUGAAUGCUAUCUGUUUGCUAUUUUAAAGUUCUUGCCAUUUCAUGCCUUGUAAAGAAAGUUCUUGUCAUUUUCAGACAUACAUAGGCCCAGUGUUGAUCUCAGUAAACCCAUUUAAAGAAAUGUCAUAUUUUACCGAAAAGGACAUGGAGCAGUAUCAAGGUGCUACACAGUACGAGAAUCCACCCCACAUCUACGCUCUAGCCGAUAACAUGUACCGUAACAUGAUGAUUGACACAGAAUCCCAAUGUGUUAUCAUUAGUGGAGAAUCUGGAGCUGGAAAGACGGUGGCAGCCAAGUAUAUCAUGACAUAUGUGGCUAGGAUAUCUGGGGGAGGGUCGAGGGUUCAGCAUGUUAAGGAUGUUAUCAUCAAAUCGAAUCCAUUGUUGGAAGCGUUUGGGAAUGCGGCUACGUUGAGAAAUUGGAAUUCAUCGAGGUUUGGCAAAUAUGUGGAGAUUCAGUUUGGGAGAGGUAAGGUUGGAGGGAGUUUUGGAUGUUAUAGUAGGUUCUGAUUAUCAGCAACAUUGAGAAAGGGUAGGGUAAAUUCACGGCUGGGGUAAGAAUAAUGAAAAGCUUGGGAGGGUAGGACUUUGAUAAUGAUAGGGUUGAAGUAAGAUAAGGCAUGGGUAGGGUAACGCCACGGUAGUUAGGGCAGGAUAGGCUCAACGCUAGGGUAAGAAUAUAAAACGGCUAGGGCAGUAAUAGGAUAAGGCAUGGACAUGGUAAGGCUGCUUUAGGGUAGGGUAAGAUAGGUAGGGCACGGUAGGUUCAAGGCUAGGGUAGAAUAGGUAAUGGCGAAGGUAGGCCAAUGACUUUGAUAACAAUAGGUAGCGAUGGGACAAGGCAUGGGUAUGUUAAGGCUAGGCUAAGGUCGGCUAGGCUAAAGUAGGAUAGGGUACAGCAGGCCAGGGAAGGGUAGGAUAGGGUAGAGUAGGGUAGGGUAGGGUAGGGUAGGGUAGGGUAUGGUACGGUACCUCAGAGUUGGGCAGGGUAAUUUUAUUAUUUUAUAUUUAUAUGUUCAGGUGGAGAACCAGUUGGUGGUAAAAUCUCCAACUUCCUGCUUGAAAAGUCCCGAGUCUGCAACCUGGGCAAGGGUGAACGCAACUUCCACAUCUUCUAUCAACUCCUAUCAGGAGCAGAUCAAAAUAUGCGCGAAAACUUGGGGAUCAGUAACCCGGAUUACUAUGGUUAUUUGGCCCAAAGUGGUUGCUACGAAGCUGAAGGUACUGAGGACAGAAAAGACUUUGGAGCUACAUUAGAAGCCAUGGAGACGAUAGGGAUCAGUGAACAAGAUCAACUACAGAUCCUACAGAUUGUAUCUGCUAUAUUACACAUAGGCAACAUUACUUUCGUUGAGGAUGGUAACUAUGCGACGGUUAUGAGCGAUGAAUGUAAGGUUUAUUGUGGUAAAUUAUGGUAUUUUACAGUAAAAAAUUUUAAUUUUGAUGGGUUUUUGAGAGACGAAAAAACUUUCUUUACAAAAAUUUUAAAAAAUUUCAAUGUGGUUUUAAGGAACGAAGAAACUUUCUUUACAAAAAAAAUUUUAUUAUAAAAAUUUUUAGACCUUCAAUUCCCAGCCUAUUUACUAGGCUUAACUACUGACGCCAUCAAGUCUAAAUUGACCAGUCGAAAACUCGAAUCAAGAUGGGGAAAAGACACAGAACAGAUUGAUGUUAACCUCAAUGUAGAACAAGCCAUCUACAAUCGAGAUGCUUGGGUCAAAGGAAUGUACACUAGACUCUUUGAUUAUCUUGGUAAGUUAACAUUACUGUGGCUUAUAUUUACCUUUAUUAGUUAGCUUGACCCUACCCUACCCUGCUCUAUUCUACUUUACUUUACUCUACGCUAACCUUCUCUAGCCUAACCUUAUUCUAGUCUUGCUUUGCUUUAGCCUUACCUUGGACUUACACUAUCCUAGCCUUAGUCUGCCUUACUCUUACUUCAUCUUAGACUGCUAUAUCCUAGUUUUACACUGCCUUAUUUUACCCUACUGUAGUCUCACCUUCUUCUAGUUUUACCGUAGUUUAGUGAUACUCUACCCUAGUUUUUUUUCUAUUCUAUCCUAACCCUACACAUCCUUUCAUUCAACCCUACCUUAGUGUUACUUUUCAUACUUCUAAAGCCUAAACGAUGUUGUGCUAUUAAAACAAUAACUUUUUUUCAGUAAACUCAGUGAACACAGCCUUAAAAUCGACCGGAAAGCAUGACCAAAACCUGUCGAUUGGAAUCCUAGACAUUUAUGGCUUUGAAAUCUUCGAAAACAAUGGCUUCGAGCAGUUCUGUAUCAACUUUGUCAACGAAAAACUUCAACAAAUCUUCAUUGAACUGACUCUGAAGGCAGAACAAGAGGAAUAUAUAAGUGAAGGCAUUCACUGGCAACCGGUCGAUUACUUUAACAACAAGAUUGUCUGUGACUUGAUUGAAGCCAAACGCCCUCCGGGCAUUAUGUGUCAUCUGGAUGACAUUUGCGCUCAGAUCCAUGGCCAAAGCGAAGGCUGUGACCAAAAGUUCCUGGUCAAGAUGAAUCAGAAUGUGGGUCAGAAUGCUCACUACAAGCCGGGGGCCAAUAGCUUUUUGAUCACACACUACGCUGGUGAUGUGAGGUAUGACAUUGAAGGGUUCUGCGACAAAAAUAGAGACGUACUCUAUCAGGACCUGAUUCAGUUGAUGCAGGGAAGCGAGAGGUAGGUAUUCGACUUGGGCGGGGUAAUUUGUUUUCUUGGGGGCGGGGUGGGUAAUAUGGUUUGGGCGGGGUAAUUUGGUUUUGGGCGAGUUAAUAUUUUUUGAAUUAUUGAUUUGGGUUUGGGGGUCGGCAGGUUGGUUUUGGGCUGGGUGUUAUUGUUUGGGCAGGGUAAUAUAGUUGGGAUGGGUUUUGGUUAUAGGCGGGGUAAUUUGGUUUGGGCAGGGAAAAUUUUUUCGGCAGGGUUAUUUUUCUUUUUGGGCGUGUUAAUUUGGCUUUACGCGGGGUAGUUUGGGUUUGGACGGGAUAAUUUGGUUUUGGGUGGGGGUAAAUUAAUUUUUGGGGUGAUUUUUUAACAAGAUUUAAAAAACAAGAUUCUGGUGGGAGGGGGGGGGGAUUAUUUUAUAAAAUUUUUUAUACUUAAAAACAAAUAAAAUUUGUUAUUUUAGUUUAAAACGAUAUAAAAUUUCUUCACUUUCAGCUCCUUCAUUCGCUCAAUGUUCCCAGAGAGUACGACAUUCGGAGCCAAGGCCAAGCCCUCAAGCGCAGCCACUAAGAUUCGAACUCAAGCCAAUCAUUUGGUGGAUUCGUUGAUGAAAUGCUCUCCACAUUAUGUUAGAUGCAUCAAACCUAACGAAAGGAAGAAGGCAUUGGAGUUUGAUGAGGAACGGUAAGUUUUUUAAAGAUAGGGAUGUGAUAAGCCUAGGCCGGUACUGGGAUACGUUAUAACUGAACCAUUGAUACGAUAAGGCUAGGGUAUAUAGAGUACAAUACGGUAAAUCUAAGGCACGUUAGACGAUACUACAAUAGAAAUACGGUACCGAGGUUACAGUAGGGCUAUUUUUUAUUACCAUACUUUAAUAAAAAGAUAUAAUACUACGGUAAGACGAAGGCGGGCUACAGUAAGGUUAGGGCGGGUUACAGUAAGGUUGUUUGGUUACGGUAGGGUAGGGUAGGAUAGUCUAGCUUACCUUACCUUACCUUACCCUACCUUACCUUACCUUACCUUACCUUACCUUACCUUACCUUAAUUUAUCUUACCUUAAUUUACCUUACCUUAGCCUAGCCUAGUCCAGGAACUAUAAUAACACCUUGAAUACGUUAUAAAAACAAUUUAAAAAUUCUUCCAGAGUUCGUCACCAAGUCCGUUACUUAGGCUUGAAAGAGAACGUUCGAGUCCGACGUGCCGGCUUUGCCUACCGUCGUCCCUUCGACAAAUUCCUCUGGCGUUAUGCCAUCCUAACCGAGGAGACAUGGCCCACCUACAAUGGCACGGUCCGAAACGGCUGUGAAGUGAUUUGUCGCAAAAUGGGCCUAGCCGAAGACCAAUUUCAGCUAGGCAAGACCAAGAUCUUUAUCAAGAACCCCGAGUCCCUGUUCAUGCUGGAAGAAGCCCGAGAACGGAAGUACGAUGCCUUCGCACGCGUGCUUCAGAAGGCCUUCAAGAAGUUCGUGGCGGCCAAACGGCUAGUCAAGCAGAAGGAAGAGGCUAGCCAGCUGGUCUAUGGCAAAAAGCAGCGACGGAGGAACUCGAUCAAUAGGAACUUUGUUGGAGAUUACAUUGGCAUCGAGAAUCGACCAGCUCUACAGGCAUUGGUCGGUCGAAGAGAGAGGAUCGACUUUGCUCACAGCAUGACUAAGCUUGAUCGAAGAUUCAAGGUGGGUGGAGUUUUGAAUUUGUUUUUGAAAACAUGAAAAAACUGGGUUUUAAGGAUUAAAAUGGAAAAAACUUUCUUUACAAAGCAUAAAAUGGCAAGAACUUUCCUUACAAGGUUCAAAAUGACCAAAAGUUUGUUAAGAAUACCAAGAAUGGCAAUCAUCGUAUAACUUGUCACCCGCAGUCUGCAGGACACAAAAUGGGCUUAUUUAACAACGGCAAAAACAUUGGCAAUAACUUUCUUUACGAUGCUUAAAAUGGCGAAAACUUUAUUUAUAAAUCAUAAAAUGGCAGAAACUUUUUUUACAAAUCAAAAACCUGCAAGAAUUUUCUUUACAAAACUUAAAAUGGCAAGAACUUUCUUUACAGAGCCUUCAAUCAUAACAAAUUUCUUUUUCAGAGCUCAAAAGUAGACGUCCUCCUGACCUCCAAGUACCUCUGGCUGAUUGGUCGUGACAUUGAGAAGAAGGGCGUGAACAAAGGCAAAGUAAUCGACGUGGUAAAGCGCCAAAUACCAUUGGAGAACAUCAAAGAGAUUGGCUUAUCAACCCUACAAGAUGAUUACCUAUUCCUUCAGGUUCAAGAUGAAUACACCAGCGUACUCGAGUCACCGUUAAAGACCGAGAUGUUAACCGCCAUGAACAAAAGGUACCGCGAAAGGGUACCAAACCGUGAUCUACCCCUAAAGUUCGCCAAUUCUCAUAUCGCUACGUUGAAGAAGCUCAAAUACAAUAUCAUCGGAUCUCCGGGAGUACGAGAGUUCAAGUUUCAAGAAGACAAUGCCACAUUGAAAGUGGCAACAGCGAGUGAAGGCAAGGUACUGACGAUAAGAGUACCACCAGGACUACCUGCCACCACGAAGCCUACGAAUCGACCGGUCUCGGUACAAAAGAGCACGUGGGCUUCGAGACAGUCGGCAGCGAGGGAUCAUCACCAUCCUAGUGUGCAGCAUCAUAAACCUACACAGCUGUUUAGAAGCGCCGUGGAGGAGCAACAACAAUAUCAAGGUAAGCAAGGGGUAUAUCAAGAUAGUCUAGCUCAAUGUCAAGGUAGCCUAGCUCAAUAUCAAGAUAGUCGUCUAGCACAAUAUUAAGAUAGUCUAGCUCAAUAUCAAGGUAUUCUAGCUCAAUAUCAAGGUAGUCUAGCUCAAUAUCAAGGUAGUCUAGCUUAAUAUCAAGGUUGUCUAGCUCAAUAUUAAGGUAGUCUAGCUCAAUAUCAAGGUAGUCUAGCUCAUUAUCAAGGUAGUCUAGCUCAAUAUCAAGGUUGUCUAGCUUAAUAUCAAGGUAGUCUAGCUCAAUAUCAAGGUUGUCUAGCUUAAUAUCAAGGUAGUCUAGCUCAAUAUCAAGGUUGUCUAGCUUAAUAUCAAGGUAGUCUAGCUCAAUAUCAAGGUUGUCUAGCUUAAUAUCAAGGUAGUCUAGCUCAAUAUCAAGGUUGUCUAGCUUAAUAUCAAGGUAGUCUAGCUCAAUAUCAAGGUAGUCUAACUCAAUAUCAAGGUAGUCCAGCUUAAAAUCAAAAUAACCAACCUCAAUGUUCAGGUAAUGCCACAGCUCAACAUCCAGCUAAUGGUAUCCCUCAACACCCAGCCAAUGUGCUUGCCCACGCCCUAAAUGCCGGCCAGAAGGUACAUCCAGUAGCGGAUGCCCCAAGGCCCGUUCCCAAGCCAAAACCCAUGGUAAAGCCAAGAGGACCCACGGUCAGAGCCAUGUAUCCGUACGAUGCUCAGGAUACUGAUGAGCUCUCGUUUUGUGAAGGGCAGAUUAUCGAGCUGGUCAAGAAGGGUAAGGAAUGGCAUUAAGGUUUUAGGGUAGAUAAGGUAAGGGUGGGUUAGGAUCAAUGGUAAGCUAUAGUAACAGAGGUUAUAUUGUUCAUUUUCAGAUGAUUCCGGUUGGUGGCAAGGCCGAAUCGGCCCAAGAAUGGGACUAUUUCCAGCAAAUUACGUUGAAGAACAAUAG